ACGUCGCGCGCACCGGUCCGCCGACGCAAGAAAAAGUAGUCCCUUACCGCCGCGGCGCAGCACCUCCCCCGUCCUCCCCGAUCUUUGCCUCGGUCCUCGCCGGUCCCGCUCCCGGACCUGGCCGCGCCGGCGAAGCCCCUUCGAGGCAGCCAGAGGGACCCAGCGGGUCUGGAGCGGCCACGGAGCGGCAGCGAAGGCGCUUCCGGGCGGAGGGCGGGUAUAUAAGGACGGCGGCGAAGGCCCUGGGCCCUCUUCCGCCGCCCCGGCAGCGAGAUGACGAAGAAGAGGAGGAACAACGGUCGGGCCAAAAAAGGCCGCGGCCACGUCCAGCCUAUCCGCUGCACCAACUGUGCCCGCUGCGUCCCCAAGGACAAAGCCAUCAAGAAGUUUGUUAUCCGUAACAUCGUGGAGGCUGCGGCCGUCAGGGACAUCUCAGAGGCCAGCGUCUUCGACUCCUACGUCCUGCCCAAGCUGUACGUGAAGCUGCACUACUGCGUCAGCUGUGCCAUCCACAGCAAGGUGGUGCGGAACCGCUCGCGGGAGGCCCGCAAGGACCGGACCCCACCGCCCCGUUUCAGGCCGGCCGGUGCUGCGCCCCGUCCGCCCCCCAAGCCCAUGUGAGGAGACUCCGGCCCAAUGCGCCACCAGGCGCUGACUUUAAUAAAAGAUCCUCUACCGA